AUGUUGAUUAAGCCUUGUCAUUCGUGUGCACAACCUGUGUAUCAUGCUGAACAAGUACUAGCUGGAGGGAAGGUCUACCAUAACGCUUGUUUUCUGUGUAGUAAGUUUAUUUGUCAUUGUUCAGAAUCUUGUGUCUUUACAGUAUUAAUCUUACAAAGGUAACUAUUAACGUUGAGCUUAAUAAUGACAAUUCUAACAAGUUAUUACUUAACAUUUACUAUACUUAAAGUGUUGUAAGUUUAGUAAUCCAGAGUUUUUAAUAUAGCCUAGAGUAUAGAUUGUAAUGGUUAAUGGUUCUGCCUAAUAACUUGCCUUCAGAUGUGUGCAACAAACGUCUGGACAGUCGGUCAUUGAACGAGCACAAUAACAUGGUAGGUCAUUUGGAUAUGAUAAUAUCAGCUUAUUAUAUGCACUUUUAAAUACGUUUUGAGGUUUGCAGAUCUACUGUAACUUCUGCUACAAGGAAUUCUUUGGUCCUUCUGGUUACGGGUUCGGUUCUCUACAGUUACGCAAACAAAAUAAUACUGUAAAUUGA